AUGGCGGCGGGGCGAUCGGGACUAACUUUCGCGACGGGGAUGCGCGGGCGAGAAGCCGCUGCUGUGCCGUCGCUACUGCAGCUGUGUGUGGGCGAGGUGGGGCGCUACCUGCCGCACCUCCUGCGCAUGGACAUGGACGCACACGAAUUCAACUUGAGGGGAUUUGUGGCGCUGCUGCCCCCCCACGCGCGGCUGGCGCUGACAGCCAUUGCGAGGCGCCGAGGGCUGCUUUUUGAUUGGCUGCUGGAGGCGCUGGUGGAUGACACGUGGCACAGUGUGGACUUGUGUGGGUCCGACGUGUCAGACCAAGGCCUGUGCCACGUGGCACAGACAUGCCCCAACCUUGUAGCUUUAGACAUCAGAGAAUGCAAUGCUGUGUCACUGCACGGCCUCACACUCCUCCUCAAAGCCUGCCCCGCGCUGCAGCUGCUGCGUAUGGGUUUGCUUCCCAUUCCCUCAUUCCGCGUACCACAAUUCAUCACUUCUCCUUUCCACCCUCCUUUUCCGCGUCUCCCCUUCCCUCUUUCCCCCAUUCCCUCCUUUUGCUCCCGCUUAUUCCCUGUCUCCCCUCCUCCCCUCCUCCCCUUCUCCCCUUGUCUCCUUCGUCCGCCCAUCCCGCUUCCCCUCUUCCUCCUCAGGGGCUCCCCUGCUUGCAACAAGGUCGCCAGAGCAGCAGUCAAGUGGAUGCUACCGCAGCAUCCUGUAAGGGGUACAGAAGGUGCAGAGAGCGCAGAGGCAGGAGAGGAGGAGGUGGAGGGGGAGGGGGAGACAGCGCAAGGAGAGAGGGAGGGGGGGGAGGGCGGGUGGGAGGGCAGUUGGGAGGAGGUGGAGGAGCGACUGGAGGAGAGGGUUCCUGCCCUGCGGUGGCUCAUCUGGUGCCCCUUGCGUGGGUCCCCUGCGUGGGUCCCCUGCGUGUGCCCCUUGCGUGGGUCCCCUGCGUGGGUCCCCUGCGUGUGCCCCUUGCGUGGGUCCCCUGCGUGUGCCCCUUGCGUGUGCCCCUUGCGUGGGUCCCCUGCGUGUACCCCUUGCGUGGGUCCCCUGCGUGUGCCCCUUGCGUGUGCCCCUUGCGUGGGUCCCCUGCGUGUACCCCUUGCUGCCCCUUCUGAUUGCUUUCACCUUCACCCUCUCACACCCAUGCUUUCGACCCACCACUCCACUCCCAUUCAUCGCCUUCCCCCACCAUUGCCCGUCACCCGCACGAGUUCACUCUCACCACUCCUUCCUAUGCAACCUGCUCUUCCAUUGUCGGCGGACAGUCAACGUGCGUUUGCCUUACCCCUGUGUCCAUCCCAACCCCAUUCUCCCGCAAUCUCUCUCUCGCAUUCUCUCCCUUCCCCUCCACCCGCCCAUCGCCCUUCUCAGCCCGACGCUGACCCCAACUCAGCAGCGCUGCUCGCCUCCAAGUGCCCGCGUAUCCUCCUCAACCCCGCCCCGCCCUCUCCUCCUCCCCCCCACUCUCUGCCUCCCCCUUACUGUCACAUCCCCACUACUCUUCCCUCCUCCGACCCGUCCAUUCCUCCUAACCUCCCCACUUCCAUCCCUGCCCUCCCCUCCGCACUCCUCUCGCGAAUCCCCCUGCAAGCCUUCCCGGCUCUCCCCCUCGACACCCCGCACCUGGUCGGUAUCCCCCCGGCAGUGUGGGAGAGGGGCGCUGGAGAGGACGAGGAGGAGGGGGAAGGCGAGGAGGAUGGGGAGGAGGGUAUAAGAGGAGAGGCGGAGGCAAGAGGGCGGAGGAGAGGAUUGGCGAUGGGAGGAGCACAAGCAAAGGUGAAGUCAGGAACGGAGGUACCACAAGAGGUACAUCAGGAACCAGAGGCGCCACAGCUGUCGAUAGCAGAGCGGUUCAGGCUGGCGUUUGUGGCGCGCGAUGAGAGGCUGGCGCCCAAGCGCGCCAAGAACCAGCGCCAGAGGGAGCGCCGCGAGGGGCGGGACCGCGCCGCUGCUGACGUGGCGCUGCGGGCGCGGCUGCUGGCAAGUGCUGCCAGCCGCUCGCUGCGAUUGCCGGCUUCUGGACUGAAGGGGGCAUCUUUGGCCUUCGGGACUGCCAUUACUGGCGUGACCCUCUUUCAGCCGCUGCAGGCACGGCUGCUGGCGAGUGCUGCUAGCCAUGCACGACUGCUGGCGAGUGCUGCUAGCCUGCCCAUUGUUGUGGCUGAUAGAGGGAGAAUGUGUGGGAUUGAGUCAUGA